AAUGAAUUCUAUAGGUCCAGAAGAGAAUAAGCCAAUUUUAAGAAUGUUUUUGGCAGGAAUAGCUUCGAUAGCUGCAGGUGGAUCUACUCAUCCAGUUGACACAGUCAAAGUUAGAUUGUAAAAGGAAGGUGAAGGAAAAUCUGAUGUCAAAAAAUACAAGAAUAUUUUAAGAGGAUCAUAUGUAAUAUACAAAGAAGAAGGAUUACGUGCAUUAUACAAAGGAUUAUCAGCAUCAUUAGGUAGAGAAGCUACUUAUUCAACAUUGAGACUUGGAUUGUAUGAACCAUUUAAGCACAUGAUAUCCUAAGAUGGAGAGAAGACAUCAUUGGGAGUCAAGUUUUUUGCAGGUUUAAUGUCUGGAUCAACAGGAGCAAUUGUUGCAAAUCCAUGUGAUGUGUAAAAAUUAUUAAUAAUUAUUGAUUAGUUUAAAAAUUAGAUUGUAAUCUAUCUCUGGUCAUCAUUAAUCAGUAUUUGCUGAAAUUACAUAAAUAUUACAUCAUGAAGGAAUUCUAGGUUUGUAUAAGGGCACUAUGCCUAAUUUACUUAGAGGUGCAAUUCUUACAGGAACUAAAAUGGCCACUUAUGAUUAAACUAAAUAAUGGUUAAAGGAGCAUUUUGAAUUCAAAGAAGGAUUUAGUCUUUAAUUUGUAUGUUCAUUUGCUACAGGUAUUCAAAUAUUAUAUAUAAAUAUAGGAUUAAUGCUAUCUAUUACAACUGCACCUAUGGACUUAAUUAAAACAAGAAUUAUGUCAUAAGAUGCUGGUCAUAAAGUAUAUAAUGGAUUGAUGGAUUGUGCAAUAAAGACAUUUAAAUAAGAAGGUUUAGGUGCAUUUUAUAAAGGAUUUUUCCCUUAAUGGAUAAGAUUUGGACCAUUUAAUAUUAUAUAACUUAUUGUUUGGGAAUAAUUACGUACAUUAUGUGGAAUUAAAAAUAUCUGAUU